AUGCGUGACGUCGUCUGUGUGCAAGCAAACUUUUAUUUUCGUCAUCGUUUCCAUUACCGACAGCGUUAUUUCCAGGAUAACUUUAUUUUGAUCUAAAUAAAAAUGGAAAAGAAUUGAAAGUAAUUCAAUUGAUUAUUAAGAUUUCCGAGUUAUUUCUAUUGAUUUUGAAAUUUCAUUCAAAUUUAGUUUGCAAUAUUGGCACUUUAAUAGGCGCUCAAUAACUGUCAAUAUUUCAUGACUUGCAAAAAAGUUUGUUUGUUAAAUUUCGAUGGCUGUACAGUGAUAUACCUUUGCCUGUUCCGGACGGGAUCGAACAAAGCAAAAAAAUUUUUUUGCCUAUAAUUUUGACAUAUUUUCACUUUGUUCAUUAUUUUGGUAAUUUAAAUUUUUGUAAAUGAAAAACCAAUCAGAGAAUGAUUUUAGAUCAAAAUUCCGUUUGUUAAACUCUCAAGAGUGCUCUGAAGAGAUAAUUUGGUCAUGUAGUGAUUCUAGUGAUAACGAAACUCCGAACCCUAACGAGAACCUCGGAAAAGGCAUCCAAACAGUUAAUAGGAAGAGGAAACGAGAGAAAAAAAGGAAAAACACCUCGAAAAACUUGUCUAAUCUAAAAAUUACGAUCGUUGAAACGCGCUUAGAAAGUAAAAAUGUGAAAAUUGGCCAAACUUCACCAAUUUUACAAAAAGUUAUUACUUCGUCAAAAUCCGAGCAACAGUUUGUAGAUAGAAACAGCAAAAAGGUUUUAUCAUCGCCUAUACUGUGUUGUAACAGUAAAAAAUCUACUUACAAUGAAGUUAAUACGAUCAAUAGUCCUAUAUUAGUUUUAAAUCAUGCUUCACCUAAAAUAUCUCCAAAUAUUCGAAAAAAACUGUUUAAUGAAUACAGCAGCAACAUUAAAAUUAAAUCGUUAAAUAAUGAAAACAGCAGAAGCGUAUCUCCAGUAUUAAACUGUACCCAAUUAGUUGAUAAAACAAGACAAGAAAGCUCUGAUACCAUAAAUGGUGCUAUAAAAACUAAUUUUAAACACUGUGAUAAUUAUUAUUACAGUAAAAAUAUUAUCAAGCAAGAAAUAACGGAAUCUGCUAAUAUAAACAUAGGACAAAGUGACAAUACAUCAACAAAUAUAACCAAGUUUAAUAAAGAAGAAGAAAAUUUAAAUGAUUCAUUGACAACUGAAACAUUAAGUGUUGCCUUGUGCGAAAAAGUGAGAUCAUAUUUCAACAACCAUUUCAGUUCAGAAACCCCUUCACAGCAGUCAAUAAGCGAGUAUGACACUACUCCGAAGGACAGUUCAAAAACCAGUGACGAAAUAGAAAUAGUUAACUCGCAAACAAAUACAAAAUCUAUUCCACAAGUUAUAGCAUUGGAGAAAAAAUCAUCUGUUGACUCUCUGAGGAGCCAUGACUUUGAAAUAGACAAAUCAAAGAAGGUUCGGUACAAAAAGGACGGACUCGCCCAUCGGCUGAGUGUGCUUCUAAAAAAACAAAAAGCGAACACUUGCCUAUGGCAGCAUGAGAGAUUUUUAGCUGCAAAUUCAAGCUUUGUUCUACCCAAUGAUGACUUCACUGCAUUUCAAAUUCUAACUGUUACUUAUAAUUACGGCUGCUAUGUAUUAGAAGUUAGGGAUGUCAUUGAAAAGAAAUAUUUUAUUUUAAUCAAUCAUUUAUAUAUGAGUAGUUAUAAUAUUAAACAAUGCCUAGUUUUUAAGCUUUAUAGACCUUUUAAAAUACUAGAUUUCAAUUCCAGUUACCAACUUAUUGUAAAUGUUAGUAAGUUUGAAUGUACAUAAAUAAAUAUUGUAAUUCAAUUUGU